CCCAGACUUAUUGCUUGCAGGGAGCGCUGAGCGCAGAUCACAAGGGCUUCCUGCACAUUCCCACUACAUCCUGUCACUGCUGCUUCCCAUAAAGACACAUUGUAGCUGUGCAACAAGCCAGCAGCCCUGCUCCCAGCCAUACACUGGAACCCUACUAAUAAGGGCAAGUUCACUCACAACUAACAGCGACCCCAGCAUCUCCCUCUCCUGCCUCUUCCCUACUGGCCACACUCAGCUUCUUACUUGGCUCCUCUGAUCCCCUGGAAAAGGGGAGGGACCCUGUGACUUUUGCUUGAACCCCUCUCCAGCCCAGGGAAUUAGGAAGAAGAGGAUUUCACUGGCAAAUAGUGGGGAUUGGUGCAGAGUCAGAUCUGCUGGUUCCUGCAGUGGAAGGGACCCACUGAUGGAGUUUUGAUGGUCGCCUGCUGAAAGGCUGGAGGAGAGAGUAUGGUCAAACACCAACCGCUACAGUACUACGAGCCGCAGCUAUGUUUGUCGUGCCUGACUGGAAUCUAUGGUUGCCGUUGGAAAAGGUACCAGCGGUCACAUGAUGACACCACAAAGUGGGAGCUCCUAUGGUUUGUGAUCCUCAUGUUUACUUUCUUCCUCACACUCACCUGGUUUUAUUUCUGGUGGGAGGUUCAUAACGACUACAAUGAGUUUAACUGGUUUUUAUUUAACAGAACAGGCCAUUGGGAUGACUGGUCCAUUCCAAUCCUUAUCAUCACUGCUGCUGGCUUUACAUAUAUUACAGCACUCUUGAUGUUAGCACUGGGCCACAUCGCUGUGGGACAGCAAAUGAACUUACACUGGCUCCACAAGGGUUUCCUCGGAGUAAUCUUGAUCGCGACGGUCAUCGCCAUGGCCUCCAUAGAAGAGAUGUGGGAGGAAGAGUGGGACGUCCUCCUUAUUUCCUUCCAGGCUACGGCUCCCUUUUUGCACAUAGGGGCUCUUGGCGCAAUCACCCUUCUGGCCUGGAUCAUUGCCGGUCAGUUUGCAAGAUCAGAAAAAGUCAUUUUUCAGAUGUUUAUAAUCAUCGCAUACUUAGCUGUGGUACUUGCACUUUAUCUGGUUCCGCUCACUAUCUCCUCGCCGUGUCUUAUGGACAAGAAAGAUCUGGGGAUGAAGCCGCGAAUAAUUGGCCAUGGAGGGGCUCCAAUGCUUGCUCCAGAAAACACGCUCAUGUCUUUCCAAAGGGCUUUGGAUCACCAGGCUUAUGGUCUUGAGGCUGAUGUCACAAUAAGCUAUGAUGGAGUCCCGUUCCUCAUGCAUGACAGCACGCUGAGAAGGACCACCAACAUCGACCGCGUCUUUCCGGAACUCUCCUUUCUACAUUCUUCCAUGAUCAACUGGACGGACCUUGAGAGGCUCAAUGCCGGAGACUGGUUUGUGAAGGCUGAUCCUUUCUGGACAGUGAGUUCUCUUUCUCAAUCCGAUGCCACCAAAGCUGAAAACCAGUCUGUGUGUAAGCUCAGUGAACUGCUGGUUCUGGCCAAAGAAUACAAUGCCACCGUGUUACUGAAAGUCCAGCCUGUGCCAUACGACCACCCUUACUCCAGCAGCUUCAUCAACAUCACUGUCACUACCAUCCUGACUUCUGGGAUAUCUGAGAACCUUGUGAUCUGGCUCUCAGAUACUGAGCGAGAACUGGUGAGAGACAUGGCCCCCAGCUUCCAUCUGGCCUCUGACCUCAAGAGAGACGUGAAAUCUCUGCAAGAGACGGGGAUCAGUCUACUGAACCUGCGCUACACUGACGUCACUACAGAGGAUAUACGGGAAUACAAGGCAGAGAACCUCACCCUGAACACUUACACUGUCAAUGAGCCCUGGUUGUACUCGGUACUAUGGUGCGCAGGAGUCCCGUCUGUCACGUCGGAUGCUUCCCAUGUCCUCAGCAAGGUGCCUUUCCCCAUCUGGUUAAUGCCUCCAGAUGAAUAUUAUAUAAUUUGGAUCACGUCGGAUGUCAUUUCCUUCACUGUCAUUGUAGGAGUUUUUAUAUUACAGAACUAUCAUUUGAUCAGAUGGAGACUUGGCAGUAUCCGCACGUAUAACCCCGAGCAAAUUAUGCUGAGCGCCGCCGUGCGCAGGACCAGCCGCGACGUCCGGAUCAUGAAGGAAAAACUCAUCUUUGCAGAGAUAAACAACAGCAUGGACACUGCAGAUGAUCUUUCGCUUUGUUCUGAAAACCGAUAUGAUGGGUUCUCCAACACCGCGGUUACCCCUUCGACAGACGCUAAGCUGCAUGCGAGCUAAGGACAGAGGGAAGAAAAAAUAUCAAAUGAACCAUCUCUUUUUUUUAUAAAGAAAUUUGGAAACUCUCCCUGGGCUGAUGAUUUUUUUUUUUUCUUCCAAGACAAAGAUAUUUUACGGGACUACUUUAUUGGAUUGGAUUUUUUGUUUAUUUUUGCUAUUAUUAUUAUUAUUUUUUUUUGGUUGUAUAAUUGGGACUGUGAUAAUGUACAUAUGUAGAAAAUUUGACCCUGUUUUUGUGUGUGAGUGUUUUUGUGAGUAGAACGCAAGCUAGAAAAUUCCUCUCCCUUGGAGGGAGAACGUUGAAUGGCUCAGCCUUGACUCCUUUUCUCUGGGCACAUGUACUAGGUGCAACUAUAAGGGAACAUCAGGGGGUUUGUAGCGGACAUCAAGAUAUGGCUAUGGUCACUUCUCAUUGACAACCUGUGGAAUGAAAAGCUCUUGAUUGGCUAUUGUUGACCAGAAAUGUACUGUUGAGCAGUUCCUGGAAAUAAUUGUGGAUGUUUGACUACUCAGGGUGUUAACAACUUGCAAUCUGCACUCAUUACUAUGCCUGGUGUGCCACAGGGUUAUUAACUUAACCAGCAGAUUUUCUGGUGGGUCUCAUAUUUUAGGCAGAAAUUGUUCUCAGAUAAUGAAUUGCAGACACUAAUUUUGCAUUCAUCUAGCAAUGUAGUGCAAUGUUACCCCUGCCUUGAGCAUUAGUGGUAUAGUCUAUGAACUAUGCUGGGUUAGCAGAUUGGGGUAUAUUCUUUGUGCCAGCCCAUGGAUAAUGGACACCUGUAUUGGGACUGGAAGACUUGCUUGGGUUGCCUCAUGCCGCCAUCAAUUUGAAAACAACUAUGACGCCACUAAGUGCAUUGUUUAUGCACAUGGUCAGAACGUGGUCUCUAUCAAGGAUAAAAGAUGUAGCUGUUUGCUCCAUCACUGUGAAACUUGCAUCCAGGGAGCACUUAAUUACAUAUGAAGAAUGUGGGUAUUAAGGGCAAAGAUGUGUACAACAUUUUUACUACAAUACGUUACACUACUACAUGUGACCUCAGCCUUGGAGAAGAUGACCUGUUUUGAAGACAUUUAUUGAAAGUUAAUAUGGCUUGAAAUCCCUCUGUAUCAGCAGUUCCCAAGAUCCCCCCUUGGGGUUGUAUAAUUCCUAAGACGGCUCAGUCUGAAGGUCAGUUAUGGUGAGGUUUUAGGUGAAUUUUUCUAAUGAACAAUAGCCGUUUUCCUAUAUCAUCUUGUGAUGGGGUACGUGAGGUCCUAGCUAUUGCCUGGGCCUCCAAAGAAGCUUGAACCGAAAAAGUCCAACAACCACUAACUGCUCUAUGGCCAUUCUGCAGCCACCAAGACUGCUCUCUAUAUUAUUCUAAUAUUAAAUUAUUACACCCCCCUCAACUUGCUCCAUUUUUAUAAUAAAAAAUGGAGGCUCUCAAUCUAGUGAUGACACAAAAUACUUAAUUAUCAUCUUAAUUAUCAUAAUGCUUAAAAUUCCACACAACCAUCCGUUAUGUUUACAUGGGUUGGUCUCCUCACUAACCACUACAGUUUUGAGAACUAGUUUCAUGAAUGGGCCCAUGGUACUUGUUUUAGUUAUGGUCAUUCAGAUAUUGUAAAUCCUGCGUAAUGUGAAGAUCAUCAGAGGGAAAACAAAUUAUAAAUUAGCUACAGAAAUCACUGUAGGAAAGUGUUUGGGUUGUCCUGCAGUUAGUAAGUGGCAAUGUCAGACCUUUCCAUCCAGUUCUUGGAAGUUCUUCUGUUUGCUUUGGUUAGUCAAUUUAGUCUAUAGAGCUUCAUACUCCACUGUGUGUGGUCGUAUCAUAAUGAUAAACUUUAGGCUUGUGCCAUGCUUGAGUCAAAAGUGCAUGCGUUGUGUCUACAGAGCAGAUCUGGUCAUUAACCUCAUCUGGUGGGAAUUGGUACUGCAAGUAAAAGAAUUGUUUUUUUUUUGACUACCAUAACAUUUGAAUGAGGAGGACUCUAAAACCACCACCUUUACCUCCGUUACCCUUUGUUUAUAGUGAAGGUCACCAACAGGUUUAUUGUGUUCUUACAUGUUCUGUUUAUAUCCAGACCAAGAAUUUUUCUGAUUCUGUGGAACAGUUGGCCAUUUCCAACCAUAGGAAUGGUGAUUCAGGUAGCCUGAAUAGUAUUAAGUGUAAUAAACAUUCAUCAUUUUAGAAUGAAGCCUGCCCUAUAUAUUUAAGUUCUUCAUUGUUGCCCACUAGGGAUGGGCGAAUUUGACCAGUUUCGUUACGCCAAAAAUCUGCCGCCGUCGAAAUGUCGCCAAUGCCCAUUAAAGUCUAUGGGCGUCAAAAACAUUUUGUCGCGCAGUGAAUUUUUUUUUUGUCGAACGCCGCCAUACAAGUCUUAUUUUUGCGGUGAAACAAGCCGAAAAAAUCGCCCAUCCCUAUUGCCCACAUCCAGAUACUUCACCCUACCAGGUGUCCUAGUAAAGUCUACCUCACUCACAGUGGUAUAAUGGAUGCACCUCUCACUAGUAGUAGUCCUUAUGUUGCACUGGUGAUUUUGCCAGUCCCAUUCCUAUCACAAAUAGAACCCAACGUGAAUGGCCUAGUUGUAUGUGGUGCCAUGUGUUGUUUGAUAUUGUCUUUGGAUCUUGACCUACUCUACCUUCUCUUGCCCUACUGUUUUCCUGUCCUGUCCUGCCCUUCAUAAUCCUUUUCUCCAGCUCCCACUUUUCACUUUUUCGAAUAUCUGCUAAUGCUAAUCCAUUAUCCCUUCCUGCUAACUGGGUUGGUCACUUUUUAUCACAACUCUUUGUGCACCAUGAAAAAAAUGAGGAAACUCACUCAAACAAUUGGCAUUUCUUACACUUUGUCAUUUUCUAAACAAUGUGACUAACAGCAGGCGGCUUUAUUUCUAUCAGAGGAAGAAUCAUCCGUAGGGGUCACUGCUGAACUUUGAAUGCUGAACAUGAAUGCAGAGAUUUCUGGUUAUAGCUGGAAAUUUUUUAAUAUGAAAUGUAAUUAGAAAUUUGACAAUUUUAUUAAACAAAUAUUAAAACAGUUUUAACUUUUUAUUUAAACAUUUUUGGUACAAAUUAUGUCUCAGCCCAUCCACCCUAAUUUUUUUUUUCCAUUUGAUAAACUUUUUUUUUGGCCACUACAGUCUCCGGAAAAAAAACAAGCGGAGCAUCUCUCUGCAUCAAUCUUUUUCCAGGCCAAUUCCAUGGCAGAUACUGAUGAAGAAUACAUAUGUAGAACAGAUGUUUAAGAAAUUCUGUAAAUGACCUUGGAGCAGAUUCGACGGAACUUUGUAUAAAUGUUCCUCUCGAGACAAGUAGAUACCUAUUCCUUAGGCAUUCAUAGCUCCAAUCCAAUGUGAAAUCUCACUACUAAAUAAAUCUCACAUGGUUUUCCUACAGUCUGUCCCAUAUAACAAUGGACCCCAGAAUGAAAAGAUCUCCAUCUUAAAGUUACUGGGAAAAAAGGUGCUAUUUAUACUUUUUGGUGGCAAAAUUUUGACCUGCAUAUGUGGUGUGCUUUUGAUUUGGUUAUUUGACAUUUUGUGGUAUUUCCAGGACCCUUGGGUAUGUGUUGAACCAGCAAUGGUAUAGAGCUGGGCCUCCAUACUAUAGUCAUCCAUCUAUUGAUGAAAAAUAAGUGGAUUUUCCACUUUACUUUGGUGCUGAGUUUGCACAUAUUGUUGAUAAUAAAUACUCUAAGGACCAGACUGUGGUGGCAACUAGCCGGAAUGGGUUCAUGUUAAUGGGGCAUUGAAUAUUUAUAAUUUGUCUUGGCAUUCCAGCCAAAAAAGUGGCGUUCCCCGUAGUACCAAGCUAUGAAAUGGUCGUCCCUCCAAAGCUUUAUCUACAGUAUUCAUUCUUGUCUUGUUUAGUUAGGUUGCGUGAGAGACCAUGUACAUGUAACUGGAUUUUAUUUGGAAAUAAAUGAGUUUCAUAUGUU